UAAAGUGAGUGUGUUGUGAACGGACCGUUGAAUGCGGAUAUGAAUGUGGGUCCGACGGCUAUUGAAUGAACGGAAGUGGAAAAGCGCGCGCACAUAGACACAAAGUUAAAACAGUACAAUAACAAAAACACCUGUGCCCAGUUACUGUGUAUACAUACGCUUAAAAGGAAAUAUUCUGAAUAAAGCUUCUGAAAAAUAAAGUUUGCGCACAAAAUACCAAAUCAAGGUGGAUUAGCUAUACAAGCAAAAGAAAAUUUGAAAUUAAAACUAUUGUGACAAAGAAAAAUACACAAAUUGUCUCCUCAGCGAAUGCAUGCUAAUUAGGGGAUACUAAACGUAAACCGCAACAACAAACACACAACAGACUUCUACCUAACGUAUCAGCUAUCAGCAGCAGUCAUAGCAAUAAAUUCUGCAAUAACAACAAACCCAAAGUCAGUGACGUUAGCAAGUGACACAGAGCCUUCAGAUGUUAUAAUUGACGACCUUAAGUACCUGUACACGGCUGCCCCUGAGUAGCUGCAUAUGCAUGCAUAUUUGUGCGUCGUACAUUAUACAUACGCAUAUACAAAUGCCUGAACAUUUGUGAGUGUGCUUGAUAUCGGCAAUUGACAUUCGAUGUCAUAGGCGAAUUGCACUCGCUUCACUUUUAUUGUGCCAUUUGUUGUGUUUGUUGUUUAGUUGACUGUUUUUCAUUCAUAUGUCUUAACUGUUGUUGUUGUUCUUGGUAGUGGCAUAACAGGUGUAAAUAUAUAGUGCGUGUUUGUUGUUGGCGUUGUAUUAUGUUAUGUGUGUGAAAAUUCAGACAUACUGAGCUACAAAAAGGCGGUGUCUGCUAGAAAGAAAGAAGAAAGUGAAAAGAUCACGUGCCGAAUAACAUAAAAAAGUUAAAUUGCAUGUGAAGAGUAAGAAAUGACCGUAAUAAAUAUAUACUCCUUUGAAUUUCAAUAAAAAAUACGUACAAGUAUCUAAGCCUGUGCGCUUAUUUUGUAUUUUAGGGAAAGUGAAAUUUAGUGCAAAUUAUUUGUAAGCGCAUAGCAACGCAAAUCGACAGGAUACCCGGACUCUACACUGCUGGUGUAUUGGAAAGUGUUUGCAGUUCGCAGACCGAAAGUAAGGCGGCCAGUAUUCCAGUAGGAAGAAUGCUUAUACGAAGCUACAUGCAAUUUUGAGAGCCAAGCCCAGAAAUUAUAGCGCAUUAUUAAUGUCACCUCCACACAAUCAACUUGGCUGUUGUCACAAGUGAAUCGCUAUUGUUUUUACAUCCACACCUCGUUAGAACAUUUCACACCAAAAUCAUACAACGCGUAGCAUCAUGACCUUCUACUGGUGGUCACAUUGGUUCUGGAUAACAACUCUGAGCGCUAUCCUUUUGAGCAUAACAAUCGUGCAGACAUAUCCAAGUCAAGAGAUUUCCUUAAAGUACAAUCAAAACAGCAAGUCCGUGAAGGAUACAGUUACGAAGCUACAUCAGACGACGGCAUCCACAGAGUGGUCCACCACGACGACAGCGGCGACAACAACAACCACUACUCCCCGACAGAGCACAGAAGAGAACGCAAUUGUGGAACCUUUGCCACAACAAAGCCAAAAAGAUGAUGCGAAAGGUAGCGAUGAAGACCUGUCGUCGGAGAAAGUUGACAGUAGCGCAGUGGUACAGAUCGACAGCGAAACAGAGCAAAAGACUGCUGCGGAACAGGAAAACGUGGUAGAAAAUGAGAACACACCCAGCACGAAGCAGUUUGAAUAUAAAAGAUCUGCUGAAAGUUUCAAUAAAACCUUAGACGAUGUUAAAGACGAUGAUAUGGCCGUUGAGGAGCCAAAAGUUGCUGCAGUCGUAGUUGAGCAGAGAUCGGCAGCGGUAGAGGAAGGCACAUUAAAGCUGAAACGUGAUGAUACAGAAAUGAGUAACUAUACGAACUUCAGUCGGACUUCCGUCGAGGCGGGGUCUAAUGCAACUUGCAUGAGCUGCAACACUACAACUCACGAGUCCAAUAGUACUACAGCAGCCACCCACACCUUACAGGCGCCCAAACCGGGAAGCAUACCCACAAGCAGCUCAACAGCGUCACCAGUGACGCCCAAAUCACGCUUAGACACCAUGCACUCCGAGACUUUGGAGUGGUUGAAUGCGAUGGCUGCAGCUGCAGCACUACCAGCGCCCAAGCUGCUUACCAAUGCGCCGCAAUCAGAUGAAAUCGAUCGUGAGAUGGUAGGUGCCACAACAGAGUCGGCGACGGCAGAACAACGCGUGCCCUUUACACUGGAGAAUGUCAACAAGGAGGAGGAACUGCGACGCGCCGAAAAUGAACAUCGAUCACGCAAAUCGAAAGUGCUAUCGGCGGAAUAUAAGCACAUCAAUCGCUUCAUCAACUUCUCAGCCGAUUCGAAAAGCCUGCUGACGCGCAGCGCAUCAACGGCACCCAAUGAUUUCGGCGGUGUCGAAGAGGGUAAUAUCUCCUCGGAGGCGUUAUCGAUACAGCGCACCUACUUUCUGGACGCCGGUGCCAUUUCCGCCAUUUGCUUCACCAUUUUCGGUGUAUGCUGCACGGUUGGCACGAUUGGCAUAGUGCUCUAUCGGCGUAGAUACCUCAAUAAACCGCAAGCGCUCAGUGAGCCUGACUCGAGUGUCUACAUCGAUGAUAGCACGAUGCGUUUAAUUUCUUUUGAUGAUUUGCAGGAUAAUUCCGAUGAGAUGUACAGUUUGGAUAAUGACUCAUUUCUCAAUUCGCUGGAGGCGAUGACAAUACAAAACUACUGGACCGAUACCGUUAAACAUACAAAGCUUUAAUUUCGUUUACAAUGGAAUAUACCUAAUAUAUACAUACAUACUUACAUACAUACGGCCAACACAUGCAUAUAUAAUUAGAUAAACACAUAUACAUACAUAUGUAUAUUAGGGUGGAUCACUUUGUAUGAAAUGAUUUUUACGACGCUGUGCCAAGCAGAUUUGAAUAAUACAUAAAAUUCUAUG